AUGAGUAGAGUAUUACCUGCAUCUGUUCGUCAUUUUGUGUCUCCCCCGAGAAUGUCAUAAAAUCCUAGGGAGACUACAGUUAUUCCUAUUCAAGAAACGAUUGUGCCUAUGCAACCAGUGACUUGUAAUGAUUUUAUAUUUAUUACAAGAAUAUAUCGUCAGAGAAUAGAAGGGUUCAGUAAGAUAAGAGUAACCAAGGACUUAAAUAAAGACACAAGUAAUUGUUAAAGAAGCAGAUCAUACUUUUUGUGAAUAGAGAAUUGCUGAACAGUAAAAAGAGAUAGAUUUAUGGCGCAAGAAAUAUCUAGAGCUUUAAGCUGAGCUGGAUCGUAACACAUCAUAUGAAGAGACUGUAUACAAAUGAUUUGAUCUUAGAUAUAACAAUUAUAAGAUAGAGUUGAAAUUUUAAUUGGAGAGAAUAAGAAAUUGAAUCAAUCAUUGAAAUAGAAGAUAGGUGAUUUAGAUUAGGCUAGAAUAUCCAUAAAUGAAUUGGAAUAACAUAUUAGGACUUAAAAAAAUUAGAAUGAAGAAAUUUAAAGAUUACAAAAGCAGUUGGAUCAAUCAAAAAAAUAAGUAAAUGAAUGGAAAACUCGUGUUUUUACAAUAGAAAAAUAGAUAAGUACUAUCACCAAUACAGAUACAAAGACCUCUGAAUUAGAAUCGAAAAUCAGUAAAUUGUAAUAAGAAUUGACUAAUUGGAAGGAGAGAUGUUUGAGAGGUGAAAAAGAAAAAAAAGAUUUAGAAGAUUGUAAAUAAAAAUGAAAUAAUUUAGUAUUAAAAUAACUUUAGGGAUAAUUAGGAUAACAGCCAAGAGAAGUUCCAUAAUAGAAGGGGGAUGUUGAGAGCUUACAUCAACAAAUAAUAAAAUUAAAAUAAGAUUUAUCUUAAUCACAAUAAGAAUGUGAGGAUUGGAGAGGAAAAGCUAUUGAUUAUGAAACUCUUAUUUAAGCAGAGUAGGCUAGAAAUGAGGAAUUAGAAAAUGAUGUUUAAUAACUUAAUGAUGAGAAUGCUAGAUUAAAUGAUGAAAUCAAAAGAUUGAUGGGUGAAUUAGGUAAAUUAUAAUCUUAAGUUUCUGAAUUAAGAGAAUAAACUACAAUAAUUGAAUAAUUAAGAUCUGAUUUACAAAAUAUACAACAUCAAUUAGAUUUGAAAUUAUAACAAAUUAAUGAUUUAAAUCAUGAUGUAUAAUCAAGAGAUGCUGAAUUAUUUAAAUUAUAAGGAGGAUCUUCAGUUACUAUUGUUACUGAGAAUAAGUUAUUAUAGAUGUAAAGUGAAAUUGAUAGAUUACAAUCACUUCUUAGAUAAAGAGAAGCUGAAUUAGAUGGUUGGAGAUUAAAAUAUUCAUCACUUGAAAAAGUUAAUAUUUAAUUACGAACUGAAAAUGCUAGUAUAGAUUCAUUAUAAGGAACAAUCAAGACUUUGUAAUAAGAAUUAUCAUCAAAGUAAGAGAGAAUUAAUCUAAGAGAUGAUAAAAUUCAUUAAUAAGAUGAAAUUAUUGAUUAAUUGUAAACUGAAUUAAAUCAUCUUUAAGCAUUAAAAUUAGAAGUUGAGAAUCUUAAAUAAUAGGUUCAUUUUAAGAUUUAAGAACUUACUACAUGUAAAGAAAAGUUAGCAGCUGCUUUAAGAGAAGUAGGAGCUUUACGUUUGUAUAAAGGAGAAGUACAAGUACUUGAAUCAGAGAAAUAAUUACUUAGAGAUGAAGUUGAUCAUUUAAGAAGUGAAAUCUAAAAGAGAUUAUUAGAAGUUGAAGAACUCUCAUUUAUUAAAGCAUAAUAAGAAGCUUAAUUAAAAUAAAUACCAUUUUUAGAAGAUGAAAUAUCAACAUUGAGAAACCUUUUGGCUGAUGCUAUUUCAGAAAAGGGAAUAUUAUAAACUUAAUUUGGAUAAUUAUAGAAUGAGAAUCUUGCACUUGAUAAUAAAUAUCAUACAUUAGAAGGAGAACUUGAUGAACUUAAAUUAGAUAAUUAAAGAUUAUUAUAAAUUAAUGAUCAUUUAAAUGAAUAAUUAUAAAGAGUUAGAAAUGAAAGAAAUUAAUUUGAAAGAGAUGCUGAUUAAUUAGACAAAACACUUCAUGAUGUUUAAUAAUUAUUGGCUGAUGCUGAAGAUAAGAAUGCAUAAUUAGAAAAAGAAAUUAAAGAAUUGAAAGAUGAAUUAAAUAAAUUAAGAUAAUAAAAUUUAUAAUAAGAAUUAGAUUUAUAAGCAAAAGAUAGAUAAUAUGAAUAAUAAAAAGCUUAAUAUGAAGGAUAUUUAAAUGAAUUAUAAUUGGAAAUUCAAAGAAAAGAUUAAUUAAUUAAGAAUUGGAAGGAUAAGUAUUUGUAAUCUGAAUAAUUGGUGUCUGAUUUAUAAUUCACAGCUGAACUCUUAAAAUAAGAAUAAAUUAGAGCAAGAUAAUUAGAAUUAGAAAUUGAGAGAUUGAAAUAAAGGUAAUUACAUUAACCACCUCCUUAAAUUGAACAUAUUGUUGAUUAGGAUGAAAUUAAUCAACUUAGAAAAUAAAUUUAAGAUCUUCAAAGAUAAAACUUUGAUUAAUAUCAAUUAAUUUAGAAACUUAAGUAAUAAAUUGAAUAAUUAAAUAAUCAUAUUUAUAUACUUGAAAAUGAAAAGCAUUUAUAUAUCUAAGAAAUAGAUAGAUUAAAAACUUAAUUAAAUAUGAAAGUUGAAGAAAAUGAAUAGAUGAGAGCAAAAAUGAAUGAUCUUAAUCAAACCAUAUUUGAUUUAAAACAUUUAGAAUAAAGAGUACCUGAAUUAGAAUAAACAAUCAAUUUAUUAAGAUAACAUUCAUAAGAGUUAAUUUAAUAAUUAAAUGUUAAGACAAAAGAAUAUGAAGAUCUCUAUGGAAGAUAUUUUGAUAAAUCCUUAGAAGCUAAUUAAGUUAACUAAUUACAAUUAUCAAAUAAUAAAUUAGAUAUUGUAAGAUAGGAAGAAAUAUAAAAUAGAGAAAAUGUUAAGACUGAUCUUAAUAAAAUUGGUGUAGACAAUGAUAGAUUAAGAAGAGAAAAAGAAUACUAUGAAAGUAAAUAUAAGUAUUUGCUUCUUGAAGUUGAAUACUUAUAAAGAAUGAAAGCUGAAUCACUUUAAUAAGAUCCUAUGUUAGAAUUAAGAGGAGGAAAUUAAGAUGAAAUUAAUGAAGAUAUUGCUAAUUUGGAAAGAUAACAAUAGGUUUUAUAAGAUCAAUUAGCUAAAUUAUAAUAGCAAAAUGAAUAAAAGGAUAAAGAAAUUGAUGAUCUUAAUGCAUUAUUGAGAUAAUUGUAAGCAGAAUUAAAUAAAUUAAGAAAUAUUCAAGAUUUAUAUAAUAAGCUUCAAUAAUAAUAUAGUUUAUUAUAAACUUAGAUUACAAAUUUAUAAUAAUCAAGUAGCAAUUCUUCAAUUGAAAAAGAUAAUUAUAUAAGUGAAUUAGAAUCUCAUGUUAAUGACUUAUAAAAUCAACUAUAAUAAUUAGAUUAAUAAAGAUAAAAGUAGAUUGGAGAUUUAUAAGCUUAAUUAUAAAAAUUAUUAGAUGAAAAUAAUAAAUUAAGAUAAUAAUUAACUGAUUUAACUAAUAAAUAUAAUUCUUAAGUAUCUGAGAUGAAUUCUAUGUAAAAAGUUAUUGAAUAAUUGAAUGGAUUCUAAAAUGAAUUUAUUAAAUACAAAGCUCUAUAUGAAAGAGAGUAUAUUAUAUUUAUUAUAUUAUAUUAGAUGUUUAGUGACAGCAGAUUUAAGAGAUCAAUUAAGUUAAUUAGAUAGAUAAACUAAACAAUUAGCUGCAGAAAGAGAUAAUCUUUUAGAUAGAAUAGCAAAAUUAUAAGCUGAAAUUGAAUAAUUAGGAAAGUAAAUCUAAGUAAAGAAUGAUGAAAAUGCAGCAUAAUCUAAGACUAUAUCAACCUUAGAAGGAUAAGUUGCUUAAUUAAAACCAUUAGAAGCUGAAAAUUAAAGAUUAAAAUAAUUAAUUGAUUAAUAAACUAAAGAAUUAGGAGAUUUAAGAUAAAAAUUAGCAGAUUUACAAUUAGUAGCUGAUGAUGCAAAUAAAUAAAAAACUUAAUUCCAAUAAUUAUAUAAUUCAAUUAAUGGAGAGUUUGAAUAAUUAAAGAAUAAAUUUGCAGCCAAAGAUAAUGAAAUUAAUUCAUUAAAGUCAUAGAUAACUAAGCAAGAAUCAGUUGUUAAAUAAGUUAAAGUUAUAGAUAAUACUAAUCCAAAUGAUUUGAAAACUCUAUAAGAUUAAAUUGCUUAAAGAUCAAAAGAAAAUGAAGAAAUUAAAAAGAAGUAAUAAAUGUUAUUUAUUUAGAUUCAAUUAAAUGGAUCUUGAAUUGUAGAAAGUUAAAAAAGAUAAUACAGAAAUUAGUAAAUUGUAAUAAGCAAUUUAAGCAAAAGACAAAGAAUUAGAUGAUUUGAAAAAGAAACUUGAUAAAUUCUCAUAGGAUUCAUCUAAUUUAGAAAAAUUAAAGAAAGAAUUAGAAGCUAAAGUGAAUAGCUUAAAUUCUGAUUUAAAUACAAGUAAGAAGAAUUUUGAUAACUAAUAAAAUGAUAUUAAGAAGUUGAACCAAUAAAUUAAUGAUUUAUAAAAUGAGAUAAAGAGAUAAUAGAACAUAAUUUCUAAUUAAACAUCUGUAUUCAUAUAUAUUUAUUAUAUAGGAUUUAUAAACUUGGAAUAACAAAUAUGCUUCUGUAGUGAAAGAAUUAAGAUAAGAUAAUCCUCCUUAAAUUACAAAUCAAACUAAUUAAUUCAGUACAACCAUUACAACCUAAGUGAAUAAACAACCUUAGACAUCUUAUUAAUAGAUAGAUGAUAGUCAAUCAAAUAGAUCUAGUGGUUAUAGAUAAAAUCUAUUCCCUACAGCUUCAUAGGUUUAAUAAACAACAACAAGCACUCAAAAACCAGUGACAGCUUCAUCCAUUUAUUAGACUAGUUCAUCCAUUUAAUAAUAACCAUCAUAAACAUCAUCUUCCUAAAUUAUGAAUUAAACAUCAACAACCACAACUAGAAGUUAUGCAAGACGUUAUUGA